CCAUAUGGCCUGUCUUGACCUUGGAGGCAGAGAAUGAGGGAAGCCAGAGAAAUACUGAGUGCCAAGAUGUAGAGUUAAUUGCAUACAUGGCCACAGGAUGAGAGUUUUAGGCCUGUUGGGUGAAUUUAAUAUGGAAUUUUAGAGUUAAGAUUUUUCAAACUAGAAUGUGAGCAUCCUAUGUAAGGUGUAUUUUUUUAAAAUAAGUGUAAUUAAUAUGGGGUUUAGGAAACAUAGGCUCGAAUGCUGAAACCCCUCUUUAGUUAAUGGUCCUUUAAGAAUACAUGGACCCCUAUGGGAGAAAAGGAGCUCUUUAACUUAAAGAUCCCUUCAUUUUCCCUAAGUGAGGUUUGUACAUUUGAGCCUUAGCAUUUGGUACACAAACCUGGGAAUGCUUUCCUUUUGCAUUGUGAAGGAAAAUGUAAGGCCAUGAGACCAUAAGGUCUUGUGAGCUUUUGUAGAUGUGGUCAGUCAAGACAUCAGUAUAAAUCAGGGAUGAAUCAGCCAGAACCUCAGAAGUCCCAAAAAUGGAAGCAGACUCAACUGAGUCAGUAUUUACAACCGAGUACCUCAAAUUCAGCAGAGGGAGUGUUGAAUGGGGGAAAUCCUGUGUCCUUACCAGAGGAGGUUGAUGGUCCAGUGAAGAAAGAUUCAAAUACAGAAAAGACAUGGUCAGGAAUUCCCUUGGUUGAACUUCCUGCUGCCCCUCCUUUAUCCCUUCAUGCCCCUGCUUUGAUUCCCAGCCGGAAUCAUACUAUUCAUUUUCAGGUUCCAUGGAAGACAGGAGAAGGCAUACCACUACCUCAUCCAAAGAAAUAUGAAGAUCUCUGGGAUGCAGUCCACGUUCGACUUCCUUGCUCACCAAAGAAUCUCUAUCCUGUACAAAAGAGUGGGGGGGAGCGUGAAGUGGUGGGACGGUGGGAGUUGAUAAGAAGAGCUUUGAAACCAAGUGGAAGAGAAAUUCAGGAUUCCCAUGACCUGGAGACUGCUAUAAUGGAAUACAACUCCAUCUAUGCCAACAAGUGGGAUUUCUCCACGCUUCAUCAUUUCUUCAAUGAUAUACUGGAAGAGGAUGAAUCAUUAGCAUUCUUCAAGGAGAUCCUGCCAAAGUUGAUAGACCUGGCACUGGACCUGGAGAACAUUGUGACUAGAGCCCCAUUGUUAUUAAAGCAGGGUGAGAAUCAUGCAUUGUCACUAUCACAGGUGCAGGUGGCAUGUCUCCUUGCCAAUGCAUUCCUCUGCACAUACCCAAGGCGGAAUGCUCUUCGCCGAGACUCUGAAUACAGCUCUUAUCCAGAUAUCAACUUCAAUCGGUAUGUCUCAAAACAACUUGGAAAUGCCUCAUCAUGUAGUCUGUAUGUUCUUGAUACAAUGGUCUUAGAUUUAUUUGGUGGAAGAGGUUCAGAGAGGCAGAGGAAAGUAGAAAAAUUGAAAUGUAUUAUGUCCUACUUCCAGCGUGUCACUUCUUCCAGUGGGGUAAUUUCGUUAAUGUUUACUUUAGUGCCAGAAGGAGUGGUGACGUACAUGAGACGUAGAGUGCCUUCAAAAUGUUUCCCUAUUUGGUUGGAAAGCAAGACUUAUCUCAGAUCACGCAUCCACAUUGACUCAGAGGGCCUGAUUGAAGUCCAGGGUCAUGGUCUCAUCCAGAUCGACUUUGCCAACAAGUAUGGCCUUACUAUAAUAAUACAGGGUGUCCUAUAUGUUGGUGGAGGAGUGUUAGGAGGAGGAUUGGUGCAGGAGGAGAUCCGCUUCCUCCUCUCUCCAGAGCUCAUUCUCUCUCGUCUCUUUACAGAGCAACUGGAUGACAAUGAGGUCCUUGUCUGCACAGGGGUGGAACAAUGGAACUAUGCAAGUGGUUAUGCAAGCGAAUUUCAAUGGGUGGGACGCUGCUUAGACGAGACCCAACAUGAUGACUGUGGCAGACGCAUGACACAGGUCAUUGCCAUGGAUGCCCUUCACUUCACCCACCUUCACACUCAGUUCAAGCCCUCACUCAUCUGUCGAGAGUUGAACAAGGCAUAUGCUGGCUUCUUCAAUGGAAACCACAAGAAGGAGGCUGUUGCUGUGGCAACAGGAAACUGGGGUUGUGGUGCCUUUGGAGGUGAUCCCAAGUUGAAGUUCUUGAUUCAGCUGAUGGCUGCAACUGAGGCAUCUCGUGAUCUUGCCUAUUUCACCUUCCAUGACUCCCAACUUAGGGAUGACCUCUUUCUCAUGCAUUCAUUUCUUGUGAAGCAUGACGUCACUGUUGGUGAUCUCUGCCGAGAGUUGUUCGAAUUCUAUAAGCAAGAUCUUCCACCUGAUCAACUUUAUCCCUCUCUAUACUCUCAUCAAUGGCAUAGAUGCCAUGAAGUUGAGGGAGGAAUGGAGGAGAACCAAUCAUCAUGUGAGAAACUGUGAUCAUCAUUUUUCUUCUUUUCAUCAGAAGAAGAUGGGGAUUAUAUAGGCUAGUGUUGCCUCUAUAUGUUUAUUCUAAUUCAGAACCAUUCACCUAUGAAUGCUGUCUAUUUAGUCCUCUCUUCCAUCUUUGCCUUAUUUUAUGCAUUCUGUCUUCAUGACAUG